CUAGAGCAACACCUUCAAAGGGCCAGCUUGCAGCCAAUCAGUUCAACGUACCCGGCGGACGUAAUGUUACGUAAUUAAUAUUCAUAAGCCGAGCCUUUAAGGCUUACCCUGCGCGUGUGUUUGGAUCGGUCCGCUGGAGUGCGCUGAGUUCAGAGCGAAAAACUGCACUGAAAAGUCACCGGAUCUGAAUGGCGCAGCAUUGGACUACUGGUUUAUCAUUCAAACUCGAUAACUUUUCCGUUUUAACUUCGUCAGCGGAAUUAUAUCAUUUCUGACAGCUGUUUUUUUGCACCUCGAAAUUGAGCGAUGCGGUUGCCGGUGUUUUACCUGCUCUGAUAAGGAUAACUUACAGCUGAUGCAUGAUAGACUGUAACCAGACUGACUUCCCUUUAAACUCAUACAGAUGAGCAGAUCAGGACUAAACAUUGAAUGUUACAGGGCAUUGAGUUUGUGAAGUGUUGCACAGCAGCACAGUGGCUCCCCCCUGCAGUACUGCAGCAUCACCCAGCCGCAAAUCUGCUUCAUGGCCACAAGUCCAAACCUCUGCAGUACAUAUGACUGUUACCAAAAGGUAAACUUACAAUCAGGAGGCAGUGAGGUGACGCAAAAGACGUAUGACAUGGAGGUCAAAGGUCACCUGAUAACAGGCCCUGAGCUGCAGGCCGCUAUGGACAGUAAGCAGCGUGCGGAGCGGAUGGUGGAGCUGCAGGAGCGCCGGAGGAGUCUGCAGUCGCUGCUCAACACUCGAAUAGCAGAACUCAAACGCGUCUGUCUGCAGGAGGCGGAAUUGACAGGUGAAGUUCCUCAUGAAUAUGCUCUGGAAACCGGAGAGAAGCUCCCUCAUGUGCGGCGCAGGGCUGGUCUGUCCCGCAGCGGAUCCAAACAUAACACCAAAAAUGAGGAAGAGGACGUCUCUCAGCGCAAGACAAAGAAAACUCUGUUCAGCGGCACCCUCCGCAGGCACGUCGAUUCAGAACAGCAUCCUCCACACAGCAAACGAACGGUUCAUAGAGGAUGCCACACAGAUAACACGGUGAAGUCAGAGAGCAGCUCCACGUCUGAUUCCACCAAUCAGGACGCUGAAGACGCCUCUGACGGCCUGUCGCCCUCACAGCCCCGGCUGGUCUCGGGGAGCCCAGACAACAGGUUUUCUCGAAAACUCUCCCCUGUGGAUAUCUAUUACGAGAUGAAAACACGCCGCAACUCUGUGGCCAGCUCAGCCAGCCCGAGUCACUCUCUUCCAAGAAGUGUGUCAAAUCUGGAAGGUAGAAGUGUCCCGGCAACUCCGCUCCUGUCCCGCAAUGGAAUAGCAGGAGUGCACAUCAGGUUACAAAUGCGCAAAACACACAUACACAAACAUAUGUCACAUCACUGCACACAUCAGCUCGAAUGCUGUCUCAGAUCAGUGCCAAGUAGACACUUAGCUAAUGGUUUAUAUUGUAGUUAA